ACGGUGAAGGAAGGUCGAGAGAGAGAGAGAGAGACAUGGAGACGUCAUCGAGGGACAAGUCGCGGGAGCCGUCGAAGGAAAUGGUGUUCGUGGAGCACCGAACGGAUGCAAAUGGCCUCCAGAAGGUCAUUCUCAGAGAACUUCGAGGCUAUUCUGCUGAGGUGUAUCUAUUUGGAGGUCAAGUUACAUCCUGGAAGAAUGAACUUGGGGAAGAGUUGCUCUUUGUUAGUAGUAAGGCAACUUUUAAGCCCCCAAAAGCUAUACGUGGAGGUAUUCCAGUUUGUUUUCCUCAAUUUUCAAAUUAUGGGCCUCUUGAACAACAUGGAUUUGCGAGGAAAAGGCUGUGGACGGUAGAUCCUAAUCCUCCACCAUUGUCAGCAGUUAACACAAGUAGGGCUUUCAUUGAUUUGAUUCUUAGGAACUCUGAAGAAGAAGCGAAGAUGUGGCCUCACAGAUAUGAGUUUCGUCUGAGGAUAUCUUUGGGACCUCAGGGAGAUUUGAUGUUGACAUCCCGCAUUCGAAAUACAAAUGCAGAUGGAAAACCAUUUUCCUUCACAUUUGCCUAUCUUACACAUUUUCAAGUUACUGACAUCAGUGAAGUGCGGGUAGAAGGACUUGAGACAAUAGAUUAUCUGGAUAACUUGCAAAAUAAACAACGGUUUACUGAACAAGGGGAUGCACUAACAUUUGAGUCUGAGGUGGACAGAGUAUAUUUACGGACACCUACAAAGAUUGCUGUCAUUGACCAUGAAAGGAAAAGAACUUACGUAGUUAAGAAAGAUGGACUUCCAGAUGCUGUGGUUUGGAACCCUUGGGACAAGAAAGCCAAGGCCAUACCUGAUCUGGGGGACAGGGACUACCAGCGCAUGAUAUGUGUUCAGGCUGCAUGUGUAGAAAAACCAAUUACCCUAAAACCCGGUGAAGAAUGGAAAGGGAGACAACAAAUAACUGCAGUUCGUUCCAGUUAUUGCAGUGGUCAACUUGACCCACAGAGAGUACUUCUUCAUGGUUAUUAGAGUAGAGUGAGACCUGAUGUGUCUCCCUCUGUACAGGUAAAUCACUAAACAUUCAUGGCAUUCCUGUUGCUCUAUCCAUGGAGACCGAUUUCAAUGGAUGAUGUGUGAUGUAUUCUCUUGGUUAGAAGGCGGAUUCCUUUUUAGUACAUUUGUUCAUGUUAGGCUUGUUGAGUAUUUUCAGCAUGGGUCAGAAUUGAAGCGGGCUGAAGAAAUAGAACUUGGUGUUUGUAAAGGACGUGUAGACGUCAAUUUUUAACUUUUGUUUGUUGGGUCAAUAGACGCCUUUACUAAUUUCUUGUAUUUUCUCUUUGCCUCAGGAAGUUUGUUAGGAGACAUCGCUUCUUGCUUUGCUUGUUGCAUCUUCCUAAUUGCAGUUCUAUUCCAAGUUUUUGAAGCUCUGAACAUCUGGUUUUCUUAUUUGCUCAUUAGUAUCUGUCGUUUGAGGUCGAUAAAGCUAGAUACAACUACAUUGACAUUUAUGCUCCAACUUUCAUUCAUGUGUUGGUCCAAAAAAAAAAGAUUCAUUCAUGGGUUUUGAUAAAUUAGGCUUCGACUAUUGCAUGAUUUAGCCACAUGUGAACCAGAACCACCCAAGAAAUACUGAAAAGGAAAUUAAAUAUAUAUAUAUAGAGAGA